AUGAUGACUAUAACCGAGGAGGGAGAAUUUGUGCUCACACUAGACCUCGAAAUACUGUUCAUCAAUCAUUGUGGACCAGCGAAUGUCAGCAAGACCACUUUGCUAGCAUUUGAUCAUACCAUUGUCCGAGAAACAUGCACAACGGACUGUUCAGAGAAUAUUGACAUCAAAGGCCUGCUAAGCUGUCAAAUUGGGCUCAACAUGGCUGUUUUUGAAGCAUCUAAUCAGAUCCCAAUGGCUUUCGGAUUGGAUCACACUUGA